AUGGAUUCUUCUGCUUCACAGAAAGAAUGUAUAGAUUUGGAUGACAAUAAAAAUGAUGUUGUUGAUUCCCAAUCGAAUGAGAAUAAUAUUGUGGAUAAAGUUGGAUCUGAUGUUUGGGUUUAUUUUGAUAGAGGUGUGCCGGGGCUAGAUAAAGUUUUUAAAGAAAAAUGUAAAGCUUGUAUUAAAGAGUACAAAGCUGGCGGUAAAAGGUAUGGAACUUCUACUUUGAGGCGUCAUGUUCAAGUGUGCAAAGCAAUUAAGUUUAAUGAUGUGGGGCAAAUGCUUGUUGAUAAAGAUGGAAAGAUAAGAUCUAGAAAGGGCAAGUUUGAUAAGUAUUGGGGGCAAUAUAGAGAGGUGCUUGCAUUCGGGGCUAUCCUUGACCCAAGGAUUAAAUUUCAAGUGUUGGAGUAUUUUUAUAGCACGGUUGAGCACGAUCCGGUAAAAUGUGAAGAGGCUCUCUCACAUGUGAAGGCAAAGUUGUAUCAACUCUUUGAGCAUUAUGUGAAUGCUACCGGUUCCGGCUCCAGCUCCCGCUCCGGCUCACAUUCUUCACAUACACAACCUUUUCCGCCUCCAUCUACAAUGCCUACUUUGCAAAGUGGAUCGGGAUCAAUCUCCAAGGGAAAAAGAAAGUUUAGUGAUAUUGUGGCAUUUGAGAGUCAAAAAGUUACUAGUGCCGGGAAAUCUCAAUUGGAUCUCUACUUAGAAGAGACAAAACUUGAUUUUUCAUUUAAUGAGGAUUUGGAUGUUUUAGAGUAUUGGAGAAGUUGUAAGAAUCGAUUCCCGACACUUGCAUUGAUGGAAUGUGAUGUGUUUGCCAUUCCCAUCACCACCGUUGCCUCGGAGUCGGCAUUUUCUAUUAGUUCUCGUGUGCUAACAAAAUAUAGAAGUUGCAUCCUCCCCGAAAAAGUCCAAGCUCUUAUUUGCACUCAUAAUGAUGAACGUGCUUACACAAGAAUUUCAUCAAGUGGAGCAUCACAUUGUCCAACUAUUCUUGAAGAUGGUGAUGAAGAUAAUGGAAGAGAGAACGAGGAUUUUAAUAAUUCGGUCACGAGCCGGCGACCUUCGAAGAGUAGCAGCACCCGCAGAAGCCGUCACUCGUCGAGCCACAGGCCCUCAGUUCCAAAUGACCCUGGUUCCAUUCUCCGGCAUCACGUGACAUCCCUGUUCAGGCCUUGCUUGCCUUCGUCCUCUGCUGUCGGGCCCGUAUUCCUGCUGUUUUGCUGA